AUGCCGUGCGCCGGAUCCGCCCUCCCCUUCACCCACCUCGGUAAUAUGGACAUCGACGACUCCCGGUAUCUUCUACAACUCGCUCGCCGCGGCGGCGUCAGCCUGCCCCAGGGCCCCGGCGACUGGAGCAUUCUACACGUCAGACCAUCUAGCCCGAGCGCCUUCUCCUUCUCGUCCGCCGCCUUCGCCCCUUCUGCCCCAGCGCUAGGGUCGCCACCUACGGCGCGCGAUGCAAACGUGCCUCUACAGACGUAUUCCUCCCCGCCGCCGCCUCCUCCGUCGGACCGUGAUGCCGGGGAUGGCCUCAGCUAUUUUAGCCGCCCUUAUGCGGGCGAUAGCCAGCUCUCUCGGGCCGGCCCGCUUUCCUCGCCCAUCCACGAAGCCGUGUCGACGCAGCAGCAGCCCACGCCCAUGACCUCUCCGCGGUCUCACCAUCACCAGCACCACCAGCACCACCACCACGAUUCCGCCUCUGCCAACGGACCCUGUACGCCGGGCUCCGCGCAUCGCUUCUCCCACAACGCGCCUUCUUCCCCUUCGACCCAGCAGCAGCAGCAGCAGCAGCAACAGCAACGCGCCGCUUAUCCACCGCCGCCCCCGUACGCCGGCGAGCCCACCCGCUCUUACCCCCAAUCUCACCAACCGCAGAACCACCCAGCCCGGCCGCAAUCCCACUCACCGGGCCACCGGCACCCCGGCCGCGGUCCUCGGACGACAUCCCGAGCAACGCGCGGUCGAUAUCCGCCCAAGCCGAGGAGCAUCGACGGCGCCGACUCACUACGGGCGUCAGUUACGGAGCCUCGGCCCCGACAGGGUCUUCGACGACGCACGGCCGCAACGGGCACGGCGGAUCGAUUUCGCGGCUGA